CACUAUCUAUGAGUUUACCGGUCAUGAAACACAAUUAAUUGUCAUAGCCAAUAUAGCCUCUUAAAUCGUGUUCAAUUCAUUUUAUUUUUUUAAAGAGUCGGCUCGCUGUGCUGAGUCUCAACUACACAUCCCUAAGACCAAAAACUCAUAAUGAUAACUGAGACAGAAACUCCUGACGAUGCCCCGAAAAAAGCGCUCAUUUACAUUUGUGGAGCGUGCCAAGCUGAAAAUGAAAUGAAACCUAAAGACCCAAUCCGAUGCAGAGAGUGUGGUUACCGAAUCAUGUACAAGAAACGAACAAAACGAUUGGUUGUCUUUAAUGCUCGAUGAACAUUUUUCAGCAAUGUGAAAGUGAAGUUUAUAAAAACAAAAAUGAUAAGAUAUACUAAACAAUUUUAUAUUUUAAUUUUGUUUCAUGAAAAUUAUAAGUGUUAAGUUCUGUAAUAUAUCAUGUAAUACAUUUUCUUGAAUAA